GAGGCCUGAAGCUGCCCUCUGUACUCUGUCUACAUCGCGCAAUGCCUGUCGGAGUAUCUUGGCUACGCUACAUCUCGUUCACCACGGCCGCGAUGCUGUCGAUGCUGGCCGGCUCGCAGUGCGUUCACAUGAUAUACAAACCGCUCGACGACUUGGACGAACUCGUCGAGUUGAAGCUGAAGGAGAGAAUGGAUCAGCAGGGAGAGGCAAGAAGGAAAGAGGAAGAAGAGAAGAGAACGUAGAAGAGUGUAGAAUCUUAAACUAUGUGUAAUAUGUGAAUAUUAUAUGAUUUCCAAAGAUAUAAUAAAUCACUCCGUUGCA